GACUGGAGGAGCGCGUAGUACAGACGCACCGAAACGGCAAACAGACGCGCACCCUCUCUCCCUCCCUCCCGUUCUCUCUCCCUUUCCUAAUUCCUUCGCCCGCCUCCUCUCCCCUCGCCUCGACUCGCCCUCGCGUCGGCGCCUCCUCCACUUCCUCUCCCCCCUCCAGAUCCCAGCGCCCCAAAAGUAGAACCCGCCAAAACCCUAGACCCCAGCUCGCCGCUCGCUCCCCCCCGCCGUCCAGGACCCUAGCACCGCACCCCCGCGGUCGCCGCCAUGGCCGGCCCGUCCGGCGCCGCCGCCGCCGCGUCUUCCUCGUCCCGCGGAUUCGAAAAUAACCGCUUCUACAACCCGCCCCACGUCCGCCGGCAGCAGAAGCAGCAGAGCCAGGCCCAGGCCCAAGGACAGCUCCCGUCAUCCCCGUCCCCAUCGCCGUCGCCGACGGGGACUCCCAGGACGGCGAGGCAGAAGCCCGCGCCUCCUGCCCCGGCAGAGACUACCGCGGUUGCCCCGUCCAGGGAGGUGGACAAGCGGGUGGACGCCACUGUAUCCCCGUCGGUCCCGUCCAAGCCAUCCGCCACGGUGAAGUCCGCCAAGGCAGAGGUGGUGGGUGCAGCGCCGGCGGUGGCGGAUGAGGCGGGGAAUCUCGAGAGGUUCCUCAGUUCCACCACGCCUUCCGUGCCCGUGCAGUAUCUUCCCAAGUUUGGUUGUACUGACAGAUUAGGUAUUAUCCAGAUGAGCAUGAGAGGGCGAAGGAGUGGUGAUGCUACAAAUUUACGUCCGUAUUUCUGCCUUGGAGAUCUCUGGGAGGCAUUCAGUGAAUGGAGUUUCUAUGGGGCUGGUGUACCCCUUCUGUUAAAUGGCAGUGAAUCUGUGAUACAAUACUAUGUGCCUUCACUUUCUGCAAUACAGCUAUAUGCUGACCCAUCUAGGCUUUCAACAAAUAUUAGGCAUCCAUGGGAGCAAAGUGAUGCCGAAUCUAUGGAUACUGGCAGCGAAGAUAGCUGUGGAACUGAUGCCGACAGGUUAAGAGGUUCGCUUGUGGAAGCUCCAUGUCCACUGGAGAAUGGUGGAUUUCAAAGGAAUGAUGGUGAAGUGCAUUCACCAUCCUCUCGUCCAAUAUUCGAGUACCUGGAGAGAGAUCCACCAUAUGGUAGAGAACCUUUAACAGACAAGGUAUCGAUUCUUGCAAGCAAGUUUCCAGAUUUAAAUACAUUCAGAAGCUGUGAUCUACUGCCAACCAGCUGGAUGUCUGUUGCAUGGUACCCCAUAUACAGAAUCCCAACUGGACCAACACUCAAGGAUCUCGAUGCAUGUUUCUUGACAUUUCAUUACUUGGCAACACCUUUCAAGGGUAUUGAUCCUAGCACACCUGUAUGCCCCAGUUUUGGGGGCAUCAACCACUGCGUGAAUGCAGCUGGUAAACUAACACUGCCUGUCUUUGGACUGGCGCCUUAUAAAUUGCGGAGUUCAAUUUGGUCAUCAGACAGGCCUGAGCAGCAGCAGCUUGCCACCUCCAUGAUGCAGGCAGCUGAUGACUGGCUUCGCAACCGGCAAGUUCAUCAUCCAGACUUCCGGUUCUUUCUUAAUCACUACAACACAGUGUGGAGAUGACAGGAUGCUGAUUCCCCUUUCGUUGUAAAUGAUCAUUGGUUUCUUUCUGUUGAUGCCUCAUCCGGGCUACCUGUAACUUUAUGCUGAUGGUCGUGUAACGUAGCUUCAAAUGCCCUGGAACCUGUUUGUCACUCAUCUGUUUAACGCCAGGCAGCUAAUUUGUAAUGUCUUCAAUAAACCUUUUGGUGUAGGCGAACUGUUCUUUGGGGAACGGUGUAGGUAAACUUUUGAAAGCAAAGAACAUAGUGGGAGAUCUGUAGUACAAGAAAAUAAUGAUUAUACAAUUUUCAUUUAGGUUACCA